GAUUCUCAUUGCUCAUCGCCAACAAAGCUUCGGCUCCGGCACAGACCACGCCCCACUAGAUCGUUCCCUUGUUUGUAGAAAUCAUGCCCGCAGAAGCUUCCUCCUCGACAGGUAGCAAGCCCUCGACCUCUACUGCUCGGAGCGGUCCUUCAGGUGCAGACGACAUUGAGAAACUGCUCAGCAGGGAGGCAACUGCAUUCCAGCGAGAGGUAGAGGUCGAGCGAAUUCUCAAAGCCUUCAAGCUGAACCCAUACGAGAUUCUAGACAUAAAUGAUGACGCAUCCCCCGAAGAAAUCAAGAAGAAAUAUAGGCAGCUCUCGCUUUUCAUCCAUCCUGACAAGACCCCCCACGCACGCGCCCCAGAUGCAUUUGAUCUCCUCAAGAAGGCCGAAUCUGAGCUUUCCGACAAGGCAAAGCGUGAGGAAAUCGACGCAGUCAUCAACCAAGCCCGCGCUAUCCUUCUGAAGUCCCUUUUGCUUCCCACCACCACUCCUGACAGUGACCCUCGUCUGCGAAACUUGGCGCCACCCUGGCGUCAGCAGCUUCUUGCGAAGGCAAAGGAACUCCUCAUAGAUGAGGAAGUCCGCAGACGGAAGGCUGUCAAAAUGAAUCUUGCAAACGAAGGACUGGAGGCUCGGAAGAAAGAAGAGGAGGUCUCUGCAAAGAAACGUAAAGCCGAGGACGACGCACGGUGGGAAGAGAACCGCGAGCAGAGAGUUGACAGUUGGAGAUCUUUCGCUGCCUCGAAGAACAAGAAGAAGAAACAGAAAAUUGCCAUCCUCGGCUAAUAUCUCAUAGGAAGUACACUUUUUGUAUGGCCGCAUCAUAUGUGCAUUGCACCCACUUCCAGUUCGGACGCCUCAUUAGUGCGUUAUAUAUGUUGCAGAGUGCUCUGAUCAUAAAUUUCAUACAUAGAGGCGUCUGACCUUGUAUAUUACAGCUGAAGUAUAAGAAUACCAUCGGAUUCGU